GUAAACAAAAUGUCAGUGCAGCGUGCAUGGCUUAUGCUGCUCUUAAGUGGGUUCAUGGGAUAUUGCCAUUACCCCAAAAUCCUUUAGCUGCUGACAUAUGUCGGAAUAUGAUUGAAGUAGAAAAGACAAGCAGAACGAGUCCAGUGGUGCAGAAAGAACCAGCUUCUGUGGAAUUGAUUAAAGAUAUUGUUCGGAAGUACAGGCGUAAAGACGCUAUACGUAAAGAUUUGAGACUGGCAACUAUGCGUGUUUUAUCAUUCGCAGGAUUGUUCCGCGCAAAAGAACUUCUUAAAAUUAGAGUACGGGAUAUCAUGUGGUUUGACGAUCAUUUCGUCAUUAAUGUGCCAGAAAGCAAAACGGACAUCUAUAGACAAGGUCAGCAAGUGUUUAUAGCAAGAUUCAAUGCUGAAACUUGUCCUGGUGUUUUAAUAAACAGAUACCUCGCGAAGGCGAACAUCUUACUUAAUGACAGUGAGGUUCAUUUAUUUAGGAACCUAGUCUAUUUAAAAUCAGUAGAUAGUUACACUUUAGGAGAGAGAGUCUUGUCCUACAUAAGAUUCCGUGAGAAUUUCAAAGAAUGCCUUAAAGAGUUAGGCUAUGAUGAAAAGUUGUACGGAUUGCAUAGUUUCCGCGCUGGUGGUGCAACCACAAUUGCUAAAAGUUUGACGGCUCCUAAUAAAGAGAGAUUGUUAAAACUACAUGGACGGUGGAAAACAGACAUUAGUAAAGACAUUAGUACAUUAAAGAAGAUAAAGUAG